AAUUCCUCUCUGGUAACAACUAAGUAGUAUUCUAGUAAUAAUAGUUACUUAGUAUUUUAUCAAUAAGAUGGCAGCCUUCACGAAAGUUAUACAGAUUUCAAAAGGUGUAAAUAAUGUGACAAAACUGUUUACAAAUUUAGUUUUAUCACAAAAUGUAAAUUCAGUUACGACUUCGAUGUUUAUUCAAAGGGCGCCCACUUUUCAAUAUUCUUUCAUUCAUACUACACCUAAAUGUAAUGAUUUGAUGGAAUUUUUUGAUAUCCCAAAAAAUUGGGAAAAGGAUAAAGUACGUGUUGGGCGUUCUUGGAAAAAAGAUGAACUAAGAUUAAAAAGCAAUGAAGACCUUCAUAAAUUAUGGUUUGUAUUAUUAAAAGAACGCAAUAUGCUUCUAACAAUGGAAGAAAUCUAUAAACGACAAUGGGAAUAUUUUCCAAAUCCUGAAAGAAUUGAUAAAGUUGAAGAUAGCAUGGCUAACUUAGAGUCAGUAGUUCGUGAAAGAAAUAAAGCAUACUAUAUGCUUGAAACUGGAACAACUGGAGAACGACCUGUUGUAACAAAAUAUAAUCCUCUUGGUUUACGUUACUUUUAUCGAAUGAGUCAAUAUUCUAGACCAAAAAAUAAAAAUUCUGCGUGGCACAAAAAAUAUAAAUUUAAUUUUGGUGGAUAUGCAGUGCAAAAAUUUUUGCGACUUUAUAGAGAGAAAUUAUGGAAUGAAAAACGUAAAUUAAUAAAUCGUCAAAGAAAUAAGGUGGCUGUUUUAAUGCGAAUUUUCCCCAACCUUGAUAUGCAAGCUGUGAAAGAACAAUAUCCAUUGGCAGAUAUAGAAAAGGCAAAGAAACAUAGACAUGCAGAUGGACACUUUAUACGCGAUUAAAUGCAUUUUCUCACUACGUGAUAUUUUUAACUUUUGAAAUAGAUUGCAAUAUUGAUGAAA